CAGCCUCCUCCCAAGCUUGUAUCGGGCUAUGGUUUGCUCAGGCCUGCAGAUAAAACAUCUAAUGAAAAGAACAAGGUCAAAAACCAAAUACAUCGUGGGGCUGACUUUGCUGACUCAAUGGGGCCAUCUGAAACAGCCUCAGAGGUUUGUGAGUUGUCUCACUCUAUUCAUGAGAAUUUUAUAUUGCUGAUUGAACAACUUGGAAUGGAGUGUAAAGAUUCUCUUAGCCUAUCAAGAAUCCAAGACACAUUUUGUUUAUAUGAACACUUACUGGAACUUAAGAAUAAUGACUAUGAACGACUUACAGAAAAAAUUAAACAAAUGGAAAAUAUGGUCAGUGUACUACAAAAGGAGCUACCUGAAAUGAAAAAGACAAAAUUACAGUUAGAGCUUCAAAAAGUUGAAUGGGAGAAAGAGGUGUACAGUUUGAGGCUUGCCUUAAAACAAGAAAAAGAGGAGAAAGGAAAUGCCGAUACGUUAUAUAAUAAAGAUAGUGAACGGUUAAGAAUAAAAGAAGAGGAAUGUGAGAAAGAGGUUGAAACAAAGCAGUGACUUAAAUGGAAUCUAAGAAGACUUGUUAAGGAAUUGAAGACAGUAAAAAAGAACUUGGAUCUGGUUGUGCAGGAGCGAAACGAUGCCCAGAAGCAACUUUCUGAAGAACAGAAUGCCAGAAUAUCACAAGAUCAGAUUCUGACCAGUAAACAAAAGGAGCUAGAAAUGGCUCAAAAGAAAAUUAAUUCUGAGAUUUCUCAUAGGCAUAAGAAAGAAAAGGAUCUCUUGCAUGAAAAUUGCAUGUUGCAGGAAGAAAUUGCCUUGCUGAGACUGGAAAUAGAUACAAUAAAAAAUCAGAACCAGCAAAAAGAAAAGAAAUAUUUUGAAGACAUUAAGGUUGUAAAAGAAAAGAAUGGUAACUUUCAAAAAAUUAUAAAACUAAAUGAGGAAGAGUUAACAAAAACAAUGCUCCUGUACAGUGGACAGCUGAAUGAUCUGACAGCUGAGAACAAAAUACUCAAUUCUGAACUGGAGAACAAGAAACAGAACCAAGAAAGAUUGGAAAUAGAAAUGGAAUCAUACCGUUGUAGACUAGCUGCUGCCCUACAUGAUUGUGAUCUAAGUCAGACAUCAAGAGACCUAAAACUACAACUUGAUUUCCAGAGAACAAGCGAGUGGAUUCGUUUACAGGACAAAAUAAAGGUUGAUAUGUCUGACCUACAAGCUAAGAAUGAGAUUCUUUCUGAAAGACUUUCUAAUGCUGAAAGUAAAAUCAACAGCCUACAAAUUCAGCUCCAUAACAAAAGAGAUGCUGUUGAAAGAAAGAGUUUGAUUUUGGAAUGUUUGCAAAGAGACCUCAGUCAGGCACAGUGUGAGAAGAAAGAAAUUGAACAGAUGAACCAAAUUGAAUAAAGCAAACUGAAGAAAUACAUUGCAAAGCAGGAAUCUGUAGAGGAGAGAUUAUCUCAACUACAAAGUGAAAAUACGUUGCUUCAACAGCAACUUUAUGAUGCUCACAAGAAAGCUAACAGUCAAGAAAAGACAGUCAGUACUAUCCAAGACCAAUUUCAUGCUUUUGCCCCAAAUCUUCAAGCUGAGAGUGAAAAGCAGAUUCUUUCACUACAAGAGAAAAACAAGGGGCUGUUGGAUGAAUAUAAUCAUUUAAAAGAAAGAAUGGAUCAAUGUGAGAAAGAGAAAGCAGAAAGAAAAAUGCAGUGGAAGUUGCAAAAUGAUAUAACUACAGAAGUAGCAGGGCUGCUGCAGUUUGCUGGGGGUUCGCUCUAUACCCUGGUUGCCUCGGUUUUUCCCAUAGCUGGAAGUAUCAUCAGUGAAGUCUGUGAAACAGCAAAGAUGACUGCCUGCCACUUCCUCUGGAAGCUCCAGCCCAGUGGGUUCAGGUUAUGCCAUUCAGGCAGGAAGGUCACACAAGUGAGGCUGAGUCCUUCCCAGCGCAGCAUAUCUGGAGGCAUAUGCUGUUACUUGGCUCCAUUACUGGCCAGUGUUGACUUUGGUUGAGAAUCUGCCAGGUAUGUCCAUGGUAAAGUGACUAUCUACCCUUUGUAUUUCACCAGUGUCUUAUGUGGACAUAGUUUGAGGGUCUGUAAGUAUCUGGUUACUCCUUAACAUCUCACCCACUAGAUUUAGCAUUUCAUGGAUGAUUCUUGGUUGGGUCAAUUAUUAUUAUGGUGGUUGCCAAAUCAUGAUUGUCUUAGUCUUUCAUUCCUUCUACAUGGAUAAGUAAAACAAAACAAAACCAACCAACAAAUAGGGGAGAAAGGAAAAUUUAUUGUUUUAUUGUUCAGGUUCCCUCAGCUUUGACCAGUGGUAGCCAUUUCAAGCUGAGUUCAUGUCUUUUUGACCUGUCUAUUGUUCUUCGAACACUUGCUUACUUUCUGGCAUAAGCUCUUUCAACCUUAUCUUUUAUUUUCCCUGCCAUUGCCCUUGGAUCAGUCAUUUUCAUUUUUUUCCAGAAGGCCUGACUUUCUUUAGGGGACAGUAAUUAGAACCAAGAUCUGGGCACUAAUUGUGGCAGAUAUGUAUGGCUAUUGGAGUUGUCAUUGCUCAUAGGCUUCCUCAGUGAACAGAGCAAAAAAAUACAGCUGGGUGAAUAAAUAUACAAACAUACAUGCUUACAUUCAUCCAUAUUUCUAUAUUAGAAUAUACUGAAAACCAUGAGUUUUUCCUGGUGAUUCUAAUUCCAGUUGAAUCACACAUGGCUCAUUUUAGUUUUUUUUCCUCUUUCAGUACUCUUGACCCUUGAACAAUGUGGAAGUUAGAGGGGCUGAACCCCACACAGCUGAAAAUUUGCCUAAAUUUUGACUUCCCCAAAAUGUAACUGCUGACUGACUUAACAACCUACUGUUGGCCAGAAACCUUACCCAUAACAAAGUUGAUUAAUACAUAUGCUGUAUAUUCUAUGUAUAAUAUAGUAUAUUCUUAUAAAAGUGAGCUAGAAUUGCCUUAGCUAUUCCAGCUCUUUUUAGGUUCAAUAUAAAUUUUAAAAUAGUUCAUCCUAAUUCUGUGAAGAAUGUCAUAGGUAGUUUGCUAGCUGACUUCAAACUAUACUACAAACCUGCAGUAACAGAAAUAGCAUGGUACUGGUACAACAGCAGACACAUAAACCAAUGCAACAGAAUAGAGAGCUCAGAAAUAAUGCAGCACACCCACAACCAUCCAAUCUUCAACAAACUCCAUUUUAAAAAAGCAAUGGGGAAAGGACUUUCUAUUCAAUAAGUGGUGCUGGGAUAACUGGCUAGUCAUAUGCAGAUUGAAACUGGACCCCUUCCUUACACCAGAUACAAAAACUAACUCAAGAUGGAUUAAAAACUUAAAUCUAAAAUGAAAACCUAUUAAAACCGUGGAAGAUAACCUAGGAAAUACCAUUGUGGACAUAGGACCUGGAAAUGAUCUUCAUGACAAAGAUGCCAAAAGUAAUUGCAAGAAAAACAAAAAUUGGCAAAUGGGACUUAAUUACAGAGCUUCUUUACAGCAAAAGAAACUAUCAACAGAGUAAACAGCUCACAGAAAGGGAGAAAAUAUUUGCAAUCUACCCAUCUGACAAAGGUCUAAUAUCCAACAUCUGCAAGGAACUUAAACAAAUUUAGAAGAAAAAAAAACAAACAUCCCCAUUAAAAAGUGGGCAAAGGACAUGAACAGAUACUUUUCAAAAGACAUAACAUGUGGCCAACAAGGCUAUGAAAAAAAAAUGCUCAAACUCACCAAUCAUUAGAGAAAUGCAAAUCAAAACCACAGUCAGACACCAUCUCACAACGGUCAGAAUGAUUAUUAUUAAAAGGUCAAAAAAUAGCAGAUGCUGGCAAGGUUGUGGAGAAAAGGGGAUGCUUAUGCACUUCUGUGGGAAUUUAAACUUGUUCAGUUAUUGUGGAAAGCAGUUUGGCGAUUACUCAAAGAACUUAGAAUUGCCAUUUGACCCAACAGUCCCAUUAUUGGGCAUAUACAUACCCAAAGGAAUAUUAAUCAUUCUACCAUAAAGAGACAUGCAUGCAUAUGUUCACACAGCACUAUUCACAAUGGCAAAGACAUUAGAUCAACCUAAAUGCCCAUGGUUGGUAGGCUGGAUAAGGAAAAUGUGGUAUAUAUACACCACGGAAUACUACAAAGACAUUAAAAAGAUUGAGAUCGUGUCCUUUGCAUCAACAUGGAUGCAGCUGGAGGCCAUUAUCCUAAGCAAACUAGCGCAAGAACAGAAAAUCAAAUACUACAUGUUCUCACUUAUAAGUGGGAGGUAAACAUUGCUUAUAUAUGGACACAAAGAAGGGAACAGCAAACACCAUGGUCUACUUGAGGUGGAGGGUAGGAGGAGGGUGAGGAUUGAAAAACUACCUAUUGGGUACUAUGCUUAUUACCUGGGUGACAGAAAGUAAUUUGUACCCCAAACUCCCAUGACACACAAUUUACCUAUAUAGCAAACCUGCACAUGUACUCCUGAACCUAAAAUAAAAGUUAACAAAAAGUAACCUAGAUAAAAUAAACAUUUAAGAAAAUCAUAAGGAAGAGGACAUAUAUUUAUAGUUCCAUGCUAUACUUAUUGAUAUCAUAAGUUUAUAUCAUCUGUUUCUGAGAUGAAGAAUCAUCUGUCUGAAAUGGUGGGCACCUACAGCUGUAGACCUCAGUCUGUGGUGCAUAGCAAGCAAUUCGACUUUUCUUUGUAAUGUCAUAACUUUACUUCUUGGGAGCCCUUCAGUAUCACUCAUUUCCAUGGUGUUAUUUAAGGUUUAUGAUAUUGUGCUAAACAGUGAAAAAUAUGUGAGAACCACAAGACUACUUUUUACUGUAAAAGGCAGUUUACUGGAGGGAAUUAUUUAAAUUUUUACAAAAUAGACUUUAUUCUUUAGAGCAUUUCGAGAUUUCCAGAACAGAAAUCCUGAGGGAUGUAGGCUCCUUUGAAAAGGUGUGCAGUGCAGCUUUUAACAGUCUUUGUUCUGUACUUCAUCAGGAGAGGAAGAAGCUAUAGCCAAGUGUCAUGAAGAGCUGGCUCAGGAGUUUGAGAAAACAAAACAAAUUUCUGUACAUCUCAUCAGCUCCAGCUGCUUAUCACAGCUGUAUGAGCUAUGUGAUGGAUCCAAUGUUCAAAGACAUUGAAGAGAGCAUUGGGAAUCUGGUGAGGAGGGAGCCCGAAAUGCAACUGAUUUCAACAGUGACAGGAAAAACUGCUUCCGAAGAACGUUAUACUACUGGAAAAUAUUGGUCCAGGAACAUUUGAGAGCCAGUUGCUUUAAUCUGUUCUAUCACAACUGCAACCAGUGAAAGAAAAAACACUUUGUUUGUUGAAAUAACCCCUAAGAGAGCCCUCCAAAGAAACAUCAGGGAAAUUAUAGGUGAAGAAGUCUAAUGUCCUCCUCUUUACAACCAAAUAAAAGAUAUCAACCAAUGAGUAUAUCACUUCCUUAGCCAAUUUGUGAAUAAAAACUUCAAAGACAUUACAAUAUCCAUGUCACUUAGAUCAUUAGGCACAGACUCAAUGUCAGCUGUGACAAUUCAGAAUAAUCCCUUUCAUGAUCUACAGGUUUAAAUUCCUCCAACCAAACUCCUUGUUCCAGAUGUAACUCUGCAAAUUUUAAAAUUGUUUCUGGAAGAACAAUCAAAUAAGACUUGAGAGAGGGGAGAAAUGGCCACAGUCCACCUAAAACAUUGUUUAAAAAAUGCAUGCAGCAUGCUAAGUUGGUGUGAAAAGAGAGGUACAAGAUUAUACACAAGAUGCAGCCAAACUUCUCUUAAACUUCCCAAAAGAUGGCCAAAUAGGAACAGCUCCAGUCUGCAGCUCCCAGCGUGAUCGACGCAGAAGAUGGGUGAUUUCUGCAUUUCCAACUGAGGGGCACAUGGACCUGAGUGAUGACAGAAGCCUUGAUGGGCCGGAUCUUGUUCCCCCAGGCUGCAGCAUGUUCCUGGGCACUUUCCAGGCAAGCAGCUUUCUCAGGAAGUGGAGGGAAGGCAUCUUUGUAGGUUGGAGGGUUGCUCUCCUCUUCUGAAUUUAGAAUGGCAACUUUGAUUUGUUGCGGAACCAGCCCACUUCGGUGUUCAGCAAAACUCUCUUGGGUCAAAACUGCAACAGAACUCAUGGUUGAUCUCAUACCUACACACAAUCCGGGAAAACCACAGUAAAACGGUCAGUAGCCAGAAAGUCCGUCUGGAGGCCGCCUCUGUCAGCCUACCUACCAGCUUUUGCUGUUCCACUCUUAUUAGCAUAAGAAAACCGAGCUCAUAAGGUAGGAACUGUGGCAAAACAGGGACAAGCCGCGAUCUUGGUAAAGGAGAAGAGGCUACGCUUGACCUCCCCCCAACCCUCAGCCUCUAUAUGGCCCCACAUUGUCUUUAUCUGUUUGUCCUUUGAUGGACACUUAGAUUGCUUCCAAAUCCUAGCUAUUGUAAACAUUGCUGCAGCAAACAUAGGAGUGCAGAUAUCGCCUUGAUAUAUUGAUUUCAUUUCUUUUAGUUAUAUAGCCAGCAGUGGGAUUGCUGGAUUAUAUGGUAGCUCAGUUUUUAGUUUUUUCAGAAACCGUUCUCCAUAGCAGUUUCCCUAGUUUACAUUGCCACCAACCAUGUAUAAGGGUUUCUUUUUCUCCAUAUCCUCACCAGCAUUUGUUAUUGCCAGUCUUAUUAGAUUUUUUCUAUUUUUUUCUUAUUCCAUUGUUAAAAUUUACUAGAUACUACAUUUUGUACAGUAUAUUCAACCUAAAACCAAAACAUAAUAAAUUUUUUAAAAACCCUUGUUACUAUGUUUUUAUUUCCUUACACUAUCAAAGGUAGACUAUAACUGCUUUUCCCCUUUUCCCCGAUGUACAUUCUUCAUCUGCCACUUCCCACAGCUCCAGGUUUGCUUCAGCCUUGUCUGAAACCACCGUUUAUCAACAGUAGUAUCAGAGUUUCCUACUCAUGUUUUCUUCUUCUUUUUUUUUUAUUAUUAUACUUUAGGUUUUAGGGUACAUGUGCACAAUGUGCAGGUUUGUUACUUAUGUAUCCAUGUGCCAUGUUGGUUUGCAGCACCCAUUAACUCUCUAAAGAGUUGUUUGAGCUCCUUAUAUAUUUUGUUAUUAAUCCCUUGUGAGAGGGGUAGUUUGCAAAUAUUUUCUCCCAUUCUGUGGGUUGUCUCUUCACUUUGUUGAUUUUAUCCUUUGCUCUGCAGAAGCUUCCUAACUUGAUGUGAUCCCACUUGUCCAUGUUUACUUUGGUUGCCUGUGUCUGGGGGGGUAUUGCUCAAGAAAUCUUUUUCCAGGCCAGUGUUUGGAGAUUUUCCCCAAUGCUUUCUUGUAGUAGUUUCAUAGUUUGUGAUAUUAGGUUUAAGUCUUUAAUUUAUUUUCAUUUGAUUUUUGUAGAUGGUGAUAGAUAGGAGUCUGGUUUCAUUCUUUGGCAUAUGGAUAUCCAGUUUUCUCAGCACCAUUUAUUUGAAGAAACUGUCUUUUCCCCAAUGUACAUUCUUGGCACCUUUGUCAAAAAUGAAUUCACUGUAGGUGUGUGGAUUUGUUUCUGGGCUCUCUGUUCUGUUUUAUUGGCCCGUGUGUCUGUUUUUAUGCCAGUACCAUGCUGUUUUGGUUAUUCUAGCUCUGUAGUAGUAUUUGAAGCCAAGUAAUGUGAUUCCUCCAGUUUUGCCCUUUUUGCUUUGCAUAGUUCUGGCUAUUCUGAGUCUUUUGUGGUUACUCGUAAAUUUUAGGAUUAUUUUUUCUAUUUCUGUGAAGAAUGUCACUGGUAUUUUGAGAGGGAUUUCAUUGAAUACGUAGAAUGGAUAUUUUAGCAAUAUUGAUUCAUCCAGUCCAUGAACAUGGAAUACUUUUCCAUUAUUUGGUGUCCUCUUCAAUUUCUUUCAUCAUUGUUUAAUAAAGUUUCCUUAUAGAAAUCUUUCACUUCCGGUUAAAUUAAUUCCCAGGUAUUUAGUUUCACAUGUGGCUAUUGUAAAUGGGGUUACUUUUUUUUAUUUCUUUUUCAUAUUGUUCACUGACUCUUAGCAUAUACCAAUACUGAUUUUUGUAUGUUGAUUUUGUACUCUGCAACUUUACUGAAUUUGUUUAUCAGUUCUAACAGUUUUCUGGUGAAGACUUUAGAUUUUUCUAAUAUAAGAUCAUAUUAUCAACAAAAAAGGAUCAUUGACUUCUUUCUUUCCAAUUUGGAUGCUCUUUUUAGUUUUCUCUUGUCUAAUUGCUUUAGCUAGGACUUCCAGUACCAGGUUGAAUAACAGUGGUGACAGUGCAUCUUUGUUGUGUUCCAGAUCUUAGAAGAACGGCUUUUUCAGUUUUUCUCCAUUCAGUAUGAUACUAGCUGUGAAUCUGUCUUACGUGGCUUUCAUUAUGCUGAGAUACACUUUUUCUAUAUUAAGUUUUUUGAGGGUGUUUAUUAUAAAGGGAUGUUGAAUUUAACCAAAUUUUUUUCACUGUCCAUUGAAAUUAUCAAAUGGUUUUAUUCUUCAUUCUGUUGAUAUGAUGUGUCAUGUUGAUUGAUUUGCAUAUGUUGAACCAUCCCUACAUCUCAGGGAUAAAUCUCACUUGGUCAUGAUGGAUAAUCUUUCUAAUGUAUUGUAGAAUUUGGUUUGCUAGUAUUUUGUUGAGGAUUUUUGCAUCAAUAUUCAUCAGAGAAGUUGGCCUGUAGAUUUUCUUUUUUGGAUGUGUCUUUGUCUGGUUUUGGUAUCAGGGUAGUACUGGCCUCCUAGAAUGACUUUGGAAGUAUCUUUUCCUUCUCUGUUUUUUGAAAUUGUAUGAGUAGGAUUGGUGUUAGUUCCUUUUUAAAUGUUAGGUAGAAUUUAGCAGUGAAUUUAUCAGGUCCUGGGCUUUUAUUUACUGGAAGACUUUUUAUUAUGGCUUCAAUCUUGUUACUUGUUAUUGGUUUGUUCAGCUUUUGGAUUUCAUCCUGAUUCAGUCCUGUCAGGUUGUAUGUGCCUAGGAAUUUGUCCAUUUCUUCUAGAUGUUCCAAUUUAUUGACAUAUAGUUUCUCAUAGUAGCCACUAAUGAUCCCUGAAUUUCCACAGUAUCAGUUAUAGUGUCUUCUUUUUCAUUUCUAUUUAUUUAGAUCUUCUCUCUUUUUUUCUUAGUCUGGCUAAAAGUUUGUCAAUUUUGUUUAACUUUUCAAAAAACCAGCUUUUGUUGCAUUGAUCUUUUGUAUGUUUUCAUUUCAAUUUCAUUUAUUUCUGCUCUGAUCUUUAUUAUUUCUUCUACUAUUUUGGUUUGGUUUGCUCUUGUGUUUCCAGUUUGUAAAGAUGCAUCAUUAGAUUGUUUAAUCUCCAUGUAUUUGUGUAGUUUCCAAAAUUCCUCUCGCUAUUGAUUUCUACUUUUAUUCCAUUGUGGUCAAAGAAAAUGCUUGAUACUAUUUCAGUUUUUUUGUAUGUUUUAAGACUUGUUUGUGACCUAACAUAUGAUCUAUCUAUGAGCUGAGGUAAAACGUGUGUAUUCUGCAGCUCUUGGGUGAAAUGUUCUGUAAAUAUCUAUUAGACUCAUUUGUUCUAUAGUGCAGUUUCAGUCUAAUGUUUCUGUAUUGAUUUUGUGUCUGGAAGAUCUGUCCAGUGCUGAACAUGGGGUGUUGAAGCCUUCGGAUAUUAUUGUAUUGGGGCCCAUCUCUCUCUUUAGCUCUGAUAAUAUUCCCUGUAUAUAUGUGGGUGCUCCCAUGUUGGGUGUAUAUAUAUUUAAAAUUGCUGUAGCACUUGCCUUAACUUUGUCCUCGUGCUUUCUAACUUUGUUGUUUCUAUUUAUAUCUUUACUGUACUGACUGUCUUGAAAAGCUGUUAUGGUUAUAUUUUUUAAUUCAUUCAUUAUUUAGUCUUUCUACUUAUAAGAGUAGUUUACAUACCACAAUACAGUAUUAUACUGAGUUUUUCCAGACCUUUUGGAGCUCCAUUGUAUGUUGUUUCUUUUCUCUUGCUGCCUUUAGGAUCCUUUCUUCAUCCUUGAUCUUCAGGAGUUUGAUUAUUAAAUGCCUUGAGAUAAUCUUCUUUGGGCUAAACCUGCUUGGUGUUAUAUAGCCUUCUUGUACUUGGAUGUGAUAUCUUUCUCUAGGUUGGAGAAGUUCUGUUAUCACCCCUGUGAAUAAAUGCUCUACCCCAAUCUUGUACCUUCUCUUUAAGGCCAAUAUGUCUCAUUUGGGGCUAUUUUGUGGAUCCUGUAGGCAUACUUUAUUGUUUUUUUUCUUUUGUCUCCUCUGACUGUGUAUUGUCAAAUAAGCUGUCUUCAUGCUCAGUAAUUCUUCUGCUUGAUCCUUUCUGCUAUUGAAGGACUCUGAUGCAUUCUUCAGCAUGUCAGUUGGAUUUUUCAGCUCUGGAAUUUGUGCUUGAUUUUUAAAUAUUAUUUCAAUCUCUUUGUUAAAUUUAUCCAGUAGAAUUCUGAAUUUCUUCUCUGGGUUAUCUUAUUUCUUUGAGUUUCCUCAACAAAGCUAUUUUGGAUUCUGUGUCUGAAAGGUCACAUAUCUCUGUUUCUCCAGAAUGAGUCUCUGGUGCCUUAUUUAGUUCAUUUGAUGAGGUCAUGUUUUCCUGCAUGGUCUUCUUACUCAUAGAUGUUCCUCUGUGUCUGGGCAUUGAGGAGUUUGGUAUUUAUUGUAAUCUUCUUGGCAAGGCUUUUCAUAUAUUUGAAAUGACUUGGGUGUCACAAUCUUUAGGAGGCACCCCAAGCCCAGUAAUGUUGUGGGUUCAUAUAGACUUGUAGAGGUACCACCUUGAUGGUCUUGGAAAAGAUCCAGAAGAAUUCUCUUGGUUACCAAGCAGAGACUUGUUCUGUUCCCUUACUUCUUUCCAAACAUAUGAGUCAUGGUCUCUGUUCUGAGCCACCUAAAGCCUGAGGGUAGAGUGACACAAGCAUCCCUGUGGCCCACACCACUAUGACUGCAUUGGGUCAUACCUGAAGCCAGCAGAGUGCUGGGUCUUGCCCAAGGCCUGCCUUAACCACUCCUUGACUCCUGCCUGUGUUUGCUCAAGGCCCUGGGGCUCUACAGUCAGCAAGUGGCAAAGCCAUCCUGGCCUGUGUCCUUCCCUUCCAGGUGGCAAGUUCUUCCAGUUCCUGGGUGGGUCCAGAAGUGCUAUCUGGGGGUCAGGGACUGAGAGUCAAAACCUUAGUUAGAAGUGUACCUGCUAUUCUGUUGUACUGUGGCUGAGCUGGCCCUCAAACCACAAGACACAGUCCUUCCUGCUCUUCCCUCCCCUUUCCAAAGGCAGAGGAGCCUCAUGCUGUAGCCACCGCCACCACAGCCAUGAGGAGUACUGCCAGAAACUGAUGUUUCCUUGGAGUACUGCCAGAAACUGAUGUUUCCUUUAGGUCCAGGGUCUCUUAAGUCAGCUUGUGGUGAAUGCUGCCUGGCCUGGGAUUCAUGCUUCAGGGCAGUGGGCUCCCUCUGGCCCAGGGGAGGUCCAGAAGUGCCAUCCAAGGGUCAAGUCCUGGAAUCCAGGACCCCAAGAGCUCACUUGGUGCUCCACCCCUUUGAGGCAGUUUUGGUACCUGGUUUUUGGUUCUUAUAAAUGUAUGUUUUUUUCUGCGUAGAUAGUUGUUAACUUGGUGUCCUUGCUUAGGGGUUACCAUCAGUGGUACUUUCUCUUCCGCCGUCUUUCUCCACUUCCUAAUUGAGUAUUCCUUUUAACGUACAGAAUACUUUAAAAUUCUCAUAUGGAGAAACCAAUUAGUCUUCCUUUUAAACUUCUGCCUUUGGGGUCUUAUUUAGGGUUUCUCCUACCCAUGUCAUACAAAUGUUUACAAUAUUUUUUCUUAUUCCAUUUUUUACUUAUUUUUUUAGAAUAACAAAACUAGUAUCAAUUAAUCAUAAAACUACUGAAGUGGCAUAUAAAUUUCUGUAUUGGAUAUGUAUUUUUAAAAUUAUACCAAUGAGAUGGGGCAAUUCUGUAUUAUAUUAUAACACACAUUUUGGCCAUUAGACAGAUGAAGCACCUUUUCAUUUGUAAAUACAUGGUUUAUGCUUUUUCUUUUGUACAGUUCCUAUUUAUAUUCUUGCCCAUUUCCCCACUGUGUUUUACAAGUUCUUAGUAAUUUGAAUGAACUACAUAUAUUCUAAAUAUUACCUUUUUGUUAUACAUACAUUGCAAAUAAUUCCUUCCAGUCUGUCACUUGCCUUUUAACAUUACUUAUCAAUAUUUUGCUUAAAGGGGAGGUUUUACUUUUUAGGUAGCAAAAUUUGUUCAUUUUUAAAUUCACGAUAUUUGUAUUUCAUGUCAUAAGUAAAAGGCAUUACUUACUGUAAGGAUCAAAGUUUUUAUGUUAGUUGAAUUUAUUAUUGGUUUUCUCAAGUUCCACAUACCCAACUUUCUCAGAACAAUUUCAUUCUCUACUGGUUUCAAAUGCUCCAUUUGUCGUCUUUGAAAUUCUUAUCUAUAAGUCAUGUCUGACUGUCACAAUGCUGCCAUGAAUGUGUUUUGUAUCAGCACAGUACUCUAGGAUUGUAAGAUCCUCUGAUAACCAGUAGAAGCAGACCUCCACUCCCUAUCAUGCUCUUUCUGCCAAAAGUAGCUAUUUUUACAUGGGCUUAUUUUUUAUAUAAACUUUGAAAUAGUUUAUCAAAUUACACGCAAAUUGCCAUCUGAUUAAAAUUUCAGUCUUUUUAGAUAUAAACUUUGGGACAAAGGUCAUCUCUAUGUUUUAAGUUUUCUAAUUCAGGAUUUAGGUUUAGAUUUAGACUCUGAAAGUUUUCUUGACUGCUUCAAGUGUAUCUUAUACAUUUCUUACUUCAUUUCUGUAAAUUCAACGGCUAUUUUUCCCAUUGUGAUUAUAAUCCAGUUUUCUUUUUUGUUUGUAUAUAGCAUAUAUCAAGGAAAGACAUAGACUUUUUUCAAUAUUUACUUUGUAUCCAGUCAUGAUCAUGUUAGCCUCCCUGUAUGAGUUCUUAAAUGUUUCAUCUUUUUCUUUACUCUUAAAAUUUUAGGUGACAUAUGAUUUCUUUUUUGAAGUCUGGUAGAACACAGGCAUAAAAUGAAAUGAGCUUGAUGUUCUUCUCUGGGAUCUGUCUUAAAUUUGAUAAAAGUUUUCACAACAAUUUUUGAGUUAAUUAAAUUUGGAGGUUGCCAAAACAAGCCUCAUUAUUUCCUUCUUCUAUUUAUAAGUCAAAGAGCACAAUUUUGUGUCAUCUGGUGGUUAUUCUUGGAAAUCCUGUGAUAGCAUAGGCAUAAAAUACAGUUGGACAAUUUUAAUAUUGCAUAUUUAGGGCCAGAUACAGCAAAGACGACAUCAAGAAUAGCAAUUUGAUGAAGCAAGACGUGAAUGUAAGUCAUAGUCGCAUAAACAAAAUACAAUUAUUCUGAACAGUAUUUUAAAAUAAUCAGUAACCAUAAUCUUUAAAUACUCACCUUAGAAUAUUGUUUAAAAAUUCAAAACUUUCAAGAGUGUACCAGAAAUACGGAGAGUUUCCACACUAUUUUGUUGUUAAAAGCGAAUCUCUGUUAGCUGAGCACAGAAUCAUUUUGUCACAAUAUAAAAGAAAAUUCAAAGUAUAAUUUCACUCUUUGUAUAUAAUCCAUAUUACAAUUUAUAUUGCAUUCAUAAGCUUUUUUAAAAGAUGGGUAAAUCCACUAAUAUUGAGUAUAACAUAACAUUUCUUCUUUAACAUAUACAAACUUUAACAAUUAAUGGUAGUAUAUUUUUAUAUGUUUAGACAUGCAUAAGUUGAUAAGUAUGUAAAUGCAUAAUGAAAUUAAAACCUUAAUUUUAAGAUAUAAUUAAUUAUACUUGAAUUUAAAGUACAUGUUACUUGUACAUUUUUAUGUAAAUUACCAUUUUUAGUAAAUUAACUUCCCUUACCAUUAUCUUUGCCAAUAUACAUAUUAAUGUUUUCUAAUUACUAUACCAACUGUAGUCUUUAUAUUUUUAUUUAUAAUUAGUUAUUUUUUUUAAUGUGGGCCUCAGUUUGAAUUAUUACACCAACUAUAGUCAUUAUUUUUAUUAAUUACCAGCUUUAAUUAAAAUUAUAAACUGUUGUUUUCUUCAGACACAGAGAAAACUAGAAAGAAGACAGGAAUCCAAAAACUGCCUAAUUUUUUAAGUACACAUUUUAGAUUAUCUUUAUAAAUGUUAAAGUAAUAAAACAAAUGCCCACAUUAAAUCCAAUGCAUUUGGACAUUCUCUUGAUUUGUAAAUCAUUUGAUAAUAUAUAAGGUAGAGUAAAUUGGAACAUGUUUAUGACUAAAGUUUAAUAUUUGUGAUGACUUUUAUGUAUAUUUUAAAAUGUGUUAGCCUUUAUUUGAAUUUUUUUUCCUUAAGAGGUACAGCCUAAAUCUUCUCCCCUUGAAUAUGGCCUAGAUUUACAGCACAUUUCUAAUGAAUAGAAAAAAGUGGAUGUGACAGUUUAUGACUUAGGAGAUGAGGUAAGGAAAGGCACUACAAUUUUCCCCUCCCUCCUUCGUCCAGAACCAACUGCUCUAGGAAAAGCCAACUGUUAUGUGAUGAAGACUUUGUUUUGUUUUGUUUUUUUGCCUUUUGUUUCAUUCUUUUUAUUUUUUCUUUUUUCAUAUCAUUUUAUUUAUUCUUAUUUUUUUUUAUAAAACAAGUAUUUUAUUAUUAUUAUUAUUAUACUUUAAGUUUUAGGGUAAUGUGCACAAUGUGCAGGUUUGUUACAUAUGUAUACAUGUGCCAUGUUGGUGUGCUGCACCAGCUUUGUGAGGAGGUCCACGUAGCAAGGAACUGAGAGGCUUUUAGCUAACAACCAUGUGACUGAGUCAUCUUGGAAGUGGAGCCUCCAGCCCCCCGCCAAACUGUUGGAUGAUUAUAGCCCUCUCUGGCUGACAUCUUGACUGCAACCUAAAAGGCUUUAUGAAAACUCCAGAAGCCAUCAGUACCCCGGGCAAGUGCAAAACCAAGAACAGCUGCUGUGGAAUGGGUAAGAAAAGCUGUUGAAUUUCAGCCUGUUCUCCAAGUGGGCACUGUUCGGUGUAAUCAGGAGAAAAUGUUCAACUGUUGGCUUCUCCCUUGGGAGUAGAAGAGAAGAGGGGAACAGAAGUUUGACAAUCUGGCUUUUCAGGGUGCUACCUUAGUGCCCGAUUUCUGUCUUGCAUGACUUGGAGUGCUAAAGGGGAAUCCACCUACUUUGAAUAAGUGGGGGCUACUGAGAAUAAAGGAGAUCUCAGCAGCCUGUUGCAGCACCAGAAAACCUGAAGGACUGCAUACAGACACCAGAAGGAGUAAGAGAUUAUGAGCUUCUGAAAAAGAAACAAGCAAACAUCCCUGAUUGGAAAAUUACAUGCACACGUCCAGAGAAGAUGCAUCCCUAAGGAGGCUGGAGAAACUUCCAGAAUAUAUAGCCAGGCUCCUUGGUGAGGGUCUUACCUUGUAUGAAGCCAGUCAUGAGAAAAGUGAUUCUUUUUUUAUAAUUAUCCUUUUUUAUUCUUUUUUCUUUUUUUAAUUAUUAUACUUUAAAUUCUGGGCUACAUGUGCAGAAUGUGCAGUUUUGUUACAUAGGUAUACACGUGCCAUGGUGGUUUGCUGCACCCAUCGACCCAUUACCUAUAUUAGGUAUUUCUUCUAAUGUUAUCCCUCCCCUAGCCCCCCACCCCCCAACAGUCCCCAGUGUGUGAUGCUCCCCUCCCUGUGUCCACGUGUUCUCAUUGUUCACCUCCCACUUAUGAGUGAGAACAUGCGGUAUUUGGUUUUCUGCUCUUGUGAUAGUUUCCUGAGAAUGAUGGUUUCCAGCUUCAUCUGUGUCCCUGCAAAGGACAUUAACUCAUCCUUUUUUAUGGCUACAUAGUAUUCCACGGUGUAUGUGUGCCACAUUUUCUUUAUCCAGUCUAUUAUUGAUGGGCAUUUGGGUUGGUUCCAAGUCUUUGCUAUUGUGAAUAGUGCCGCAGUAAAAAUAUAUGUGCAUGUGUCUCUAUAGCAGAAUGAUUUAUAAUCCUUUGGGUAUAUGCCCAGUAAUGGAAUUGCUGAGUCAGAUGGUAUUUCUAGUUCUAGAACCUUGACUUAAAGCUGGAAUUUACAUUCAAAAGGGAAGGAGAGCAUGAAAGUUUGGAAAAUUUGCAGCCUGCCCAUGUGGUGGAAAAGACCAUUUUUUAGCAGAAUAAUUCAAUCAGCCUGUGGAGCAACCACACACUGGAGGUUUUUGCCUAAGUAUAAAGAAGCCAAGUGCUGACAGCCAAGACAAUGGGAAAAAGACCUCAAAAGCAUUUCAGAGACCAUCACAGCAGACCUCUUUUCUUUUCUUUUCUUUUUUUUUUUUUUUUUUCCUUUUUGAGAUGGAGUUUUGCUCUCAUUGCCCAGGCUGGAGUGCAAUGGAGCAAUCUUGGUUCACCACAACCUCUGCCUCCCAGGUUCAAGCAAUUCUCCUGCCUCAGCCUCCCAAGUAGCUGGGAUUACAGGCAUGCACCACCAUGCCCGACGUAUUUUGUAAUAGAGACGAGGUUUCUCCAUGUUGGUCAGGCUGGUUUCAAACUCCUGACCUCAGAUGAUCUUGCCUGCCUCAGCCUCCCAAAGUGCGGGAUUACAGGCGUGAGCCACUGUGCCCGGCCUAGCAGGCCUUUUUCUUUCUUCCUUCGAGGCCUAGAUGGACCUAACUAUUUUGUGGGCCAGUCCCAGGGCCCCACUGCGCUGUGCAGUCUCCAGAUACUGCUUCCCCACAUCUUAGCCACUGCCACCCCUGGAGACUUUGGACUUUUGCAUUAAUGCUAGAAUGAGUUCAGACAUUUGGAGACUUGGGUAGGCAUGACCGCAUUUUGCAAUGUGAGAAGGACAAGAGAUUUGGGAGGGGCCAGGGUGAAAUGAUAUAGUUUGGAUAUUUGUCCCCACCCAAAUCUCAUGUUGCAUUGUAAUUUCCAGUUCUGGAGGUGGGACUUGACGGGAGGUGUUUGCAUCAUGAAGGCAGAUUACUCAUGGCUUGGUGUCUUUGUGAUAGACUUCUUGUGAGAUCUGGUCAUUUAAAUGUGCAUGGCACCUCCCCCCAACUCUGUCUCUCUCUCUCUUUUGCUUCCAUUGUUGCCAUGUGAUGUGCCUGCAUUACUUUUGCCUUCCACCAAGUCUGAAAGUUUCCUGAGGCUUCUCCAGAAGCAGAUGUCACUAUGCUUCCUGUAUCGCCUGCAGAAAUGUGAGCCAACUAAAUCUUUUUCUUAUAAAUUACUCAGCUUCAGGUAUUUAAAGCAGUGGAAGAACAACCUAACAUAGGUAGUAUGGCCAUUUUAUGAUAUUGAUUCUUUCAAUCCAUGACCCAUGGAAUGGUUUUCCUUUUUUGUUUUUGUUUUUUUUUUUUUUUGGUCAUCUCUGAUUUCUUUCAGCAGUGUUUUGUAGCUUUCCUCUUCAGUUUGAUGUAUGCCUAGGCACUUCAAUUUCAUGUAGCUACUGUAAAUGGGAUAGUGUUCUUUAUUUGGCUCUCAGCCUGAAUAUUAUUGGUGUAUAGAAAUGCUACUAAUUUUUGUACAUUGAUUUUGUAUUCUGAAACUUUACUCCAGUUGUUUAUCAGCUAAAAGCCUGAAAAGCACAAUAACAAGGUCUGAAAUUGAAUCAGUAAUGAAAAUAGCAACCCAAACAAGCCCUGGCCCAGAUGGAUUUACAGCCAAAUUCAGUCAGAUAUUAAAAGAAGAACUGGUGCCAAUCCUAAUGAAACUAUAUCAAAGAUAGUUGCGAAAGAGGCUCCUUUCUUUUUUUUAAUUACACUUUUAAGUUCUGGGAUACAUGUGCAGGACAUGCAGGUUUGUUAUGUAGGUAUACAUGUGCCAUGGUAGUUUGCUGCACCCAUCAACCCAUCAUGUACAUUAGGUAUUUCUCCUAAUGCUAUCCCUCUCCUAGCCCCUCACCUGCCAACAGGACCCAGUGUGUAAUGUUCCCCUCCCUGUGUCAAAGUGUUCUCAGUGUUCAACUCCCACUUGUGAGUGAGAACAUGCAGUGUUUGGUUUUCUGUUCUUGUGUUAGUUUGCUGAGAAUGAUAGUUUCCAGCUUCAUCCAUGUCCCUGCAAAGGACAUGAACUCAUCCUUUUUUAUGGCUGCAUAGUAUUCCAUGGUGUACAAGUGCCACAUUCUCUUUAUCCAGUCUGUCACUGAUGGGCAUUUGGGUUGGUUCCAAGUCUUUGCUAUUGUGAACAGUGCCACAGUAAACAUGCAUGUGCCUGUGUCUUUACAGCAGAAUGAUUUAUAAUCCUUUGGGUAUAUACCCAGUAAUGGGAUUGCUGAGUCAAAUGGUAUUUUCUGGUUAUAGAUCCUUGAGGAAUCUCCACACUCUUCCACAGUGGUUGAAUGAAUUUACACUCCCACCAACAGUGUAAAAGCAUUCCUAUUUCUCCACAUCCUCUCCAGCAUCUGUUGUUUCCUGACUUUUUAAUGAUCGCCAUUCUGUCAUGAGAUGGUAUCUCACUGUGGUUUUGAUGUGCGUUUCUCUAAUUACCAGUGAUGAUGAGCUUUUUUUCAUAUGUUUGCUGGCUGCUUAAAUGUCUUCUUUUGAGAAGUUUCUGUUCAUAUCCUUUGCCCACUUUUUGAUGGGGUUUUUUGUUCUUUUCUUAUAAAUUUGUUUAAGUUCUUUGUAGAUUCUGAAUAUUAGCCCUUUGUCAGAUGGAUAGAUUGCAAAAAUUUUCUCCCAUUCUGUAGGUUGCCUGUCCACUCUGAUGGUAGUUUCUUUUGCUGUGCAGAAGCUCUUUAGUUUAAUUAGAUCCCAUUUGUCAAUUUUGGCUUUCAUUGCUAUUGCUUUUGGUAUUUUAGUCAUGAAGUCUUUGUCCAUGCCUAUGUCCUGAGUGGUAUUGCCUAGAUUUUCUUCUAGGAUUUUUAUGAUUUUAGGUUUUAUAUUUAAGUCUUUAAUCCAUCUUGAGUUAAUUUUUGUAUAAGGUGUAAGGAAGGGGUCCAAUUUCAGUUUUCUGCAUAUGGCUAGCCAGUUUUCCCAACACCAUUUAUUAAAGAGGGAAUCCUUUCCCCAUUUCUUGUUUUUGUCAGGUUUGUCAAAGAUCAGAUGGUUGUAGAUGUGUGGUAUUAUUUCUGAGGCCUCUGUUCUGUUCCAUUGGUCUAUAUCUCUGUUUUGGUACCAGUACCAUGCUGUUUUGGUUACUGUAGCCUUAUAGUACAGUUUGAAGUCAGGUAGCAUGAUGCCUCCAGCUUUGUUCUUUUUGCUUAAGAUUAUCUUGGCUAUGCAGACUCUUUUUUGGUUCCAUAUGAACUUUAAAGUAGUUUUUUCCAAUUCUGUGAAGAAGGCCAAUGGUAGCUUGAUGGGGAUAACAUUGAACCUAUAAAUUACUUUGGGCAGUAUGGCCAUUUUCACGAUAUUGAUUCUUCCUAUCCAUGAACAUGGAAUGUGUUUUCAUUUGUUUUGUGUCCUCUCUUAUUUCUUGAGCAGUGGUUUGUAGUUCUCCUUGAAGAGGUCCUUCACAUCCCUUGUAAAUGGUAUUCCUAGGUAUUUUAUUCUCGUUGUAGCAAUUGUGAAUGAGAGUUCACUCAUGAUUUGGCUCUCUGUUUGUCUAUUAUUGGUGUAUAGGAAUGCUUGUGAUUUGUGCACAUUGGUUUUGUAUCCUGAGACUUUGCUGAAGUUGCUUAUCAGCUUGAGGAGAUUUGGGGCUGAGAUGAUAGGGUUUUCUAAAUAUACAAUCAUGUCAUCUGCGAACACAGACAAUUUGACUUCCUCUGUUCCUAUUUGAAUACCCUUAUUUCUUUCGUUUGCCUGAUUGCCCUGUCCCGAACUUCCAAUCCUGUGUUGAAUAGGAGUGGUGAGAGAGGGCAUCCACAAAAGAGGGUCCUUUCUAACUCAUCUUAUGAAGCCAGCAUCAACCUGAUACCAAGAUCUGGCAGACACAAUGAGAAAAGAAAACAUCCAGCCAAUAUGCCUGAUGAACAUAGAUGCAGAAAUGCUCAACAAAAUACUAGCAAGCUGAAUCCAGCAGCACAUCAAAAAGUUAAUUCACCAUGACCAAGUAGGUUUUAUUCCUGAGAUCCAAGGCUCAUUCAACAUAUGCAAAUCACUGAAUGUGAUUCACCACAUAAACAGAUUUAAAAGCAAAAUCCAUAUGAUCAUAUCAAUAGAUAUGAAAAAGGCUUUUGAUGAAAUUCAACUUCCCUUCAUGAUAAAAACCCUCAACAGACUAGACAUCAAAGAAACACAUCUCAAAAUAAUGAUAGCCAUCUGUGUCAAACUCAGCGCAAAUGUCAUAAUGAACGGACAAAAGCUGAAAUUAUUUCCUUUGAGAGCCAGAACAAGAAAAGACUGUUCACUCUCAUUACUCUCAUUUAACAUAAUAUAAAAAGUCCUAGCCAGAGCAGUCAGGCACGAGAAAGAAAGAAAAGACAUCCAAAUAGGAAAAGAAGAAGAUAAACUAUCUCUCUUUGCUGAUGAUAUGAUUGUAUACCUGGAAAACUCUAAAAACUCCAUUCAUCUGUUCCUGCAUGCUGUCAGUUUUGUCCAUUAAUAUUUAUAGCAUGUUAAUUGGAAUUGUUUUAAAUUAUCGGUCUUAUAAUUCUUCAACCUGAUCAAUUGAUUGGUUUAUUUUUGCCUUUUAGUAUAUGCCUUGCAAUUUUUGCUUGAUGCACUGUAUAUAACAAACUGCUGUAAAUAGAUAGGGCUUUGGUAAUGUGGUGAUAAGUUGUGGGGGGUGGGAAUUGUUCUAUAGUCCUAUGGUUAGAUUUCAUUAUUUUGGUGAACCCGUGCCUCUGGACUGUGAACUUCACAAGUACUUUUUGUAACCCACACCCUCUUUUUAGGUGAAACAUGAUGAGUUGAGGGGUCUGGAGUUAGAUAUUUUUCUGCUGUCACCUAGGAUGCUAAAUUUGGUUGGAGUUGGAUAUUUCCUUCUGAGCUUUUUACCUGCUGCUUUGGAAACUGGGAGUUCCCUGUUAUUUAUUUUUUGCCACAAUUUUUAAAAACGGUUUUUGUUGGUAAACCGUAUGGGGUAGAUGUUACCUCUGCUUCUGAAAGUCAACCUGUAUUUUGGGCUUCUUCUAUGACCUUUGCAGUCUCUGAAUUGCAUGACAGAAGCUCUGUCACCACCACCAAGUUCUUCUAAACUAAUCAUUUGGUAAGGGAGAAAGACAAUGCAGAAGGAAAGCAACUUAUUUCUAAGAAAAUGGCACAGAAUUUCCUCACAUGUUUUUCACUGACAUCUUACUGGACAGAAUUUAAUGGCCUCACAUAACUCCAUGGGAGGCUAGGGCAUUUGGAUUCUAUCUUGGAGGCCAUGUGCCCAGCAAAAAGAUAAUAGAUAUUAGAGGACAAACAGCACUCUCUGCCAUAAUGUGAUUCAGAUUUUGACCAAUUUGGUUGACCAAAAAAUAAAGAAAUUAGCAGAAUUUAUGUAUCCACUAAGUUCUUACUGUGUAUUAUACUAUUGUAGGCUUUGGGGUGCAAUAAUAUGAUAGCAUUAGGUAGUGGACCUUUACAUACCCCAAACAGAAAAUAUAGAUUUUAUUCAACUCUACAUGGGAACGUUUACAAAAAUGAUCAUGUAUUAGACACAAAUAAAAGUUUAACAUUUUUAAAAACUGAGUGCAUAGUUCGUAUUCUUUAAUUACAUCCCAACAAAAAUAGAAGUGAAUAUGUAAAAUAUAACAAAAACAUGUUAGAAAUUAAGCACAUUUUUCAAAAAAGAGACACAAAUAUACAGAGAAACGGGUUAAAAGGACACUUCAUGGCAAGGCUAAAGAGAAACAGAGCGAUACUCUUUUAUUUAAAGCUAAAGGACUCAGAUUUAAACCUAGUAUUUCUGUUAAGAAAUAAGAAAAACAGGCCGAGCACGGUGGCUCAUGCCUGUAAUCCCAGCAGUUUGGGAGGCUGAGAUGGGCAGAUCACCUGAGGUCAGGAGUUCGAGACCAGCCUGACCAACAUGGAGAAACCCUGUCUCUAUUAAAAUACAAAAUUAGCCGGGCAUGCUGGUGCAUGCCUGUAAGCCCAGCUACUCAGGAGGCUGAGGCAGAAGAAUAGCUUGAACCUGGGAGGCGGAGGUUGUGGUGAGCCACAAUUGCGCCAUUGUACUCCAGCCUGGGCAACAAGAGCGAAACUCCGUUUCAAAAAAGAAAAAAGAAAAGAAAAACACUUGUCUUAAAAUAUUUUAAAAUGUUAUUUACAAUGAAAAACUGAGGAAAUAGCAAAACCAAUAAAAGAAAUAAAUAUAACCAAAAGGUGAACUUUUGGAAAUACAAAUGAAAGAAAUUGCUCUCAAUUUUCAGUAAGUGAAAAAGAAACCAAGUGAAACUACAAUAUUAGAGAAAGAAAUAACCACAGCUAUAGAAGAGAUUGAAAAAAGAAUACAUCAUGCAAUUUUUACCAAGCAAUUUAAGGACCAAGAGGAAAGAAUAUUUUUGAAUGAAAUUUAAAACAGAUAAAAAAUAACUCUAGGAGUGUUAAACUUGAAUAGAUGAAUUAUCAUUUCAGAAAGGUGAUUAUCAGCUUAUGUUAUGUAAGCAAUAAGAUCAUUUUCAUAGCUGAGUUCUAGUUAACCUUUACAGAACACAUUAUUAAGUUGUAAUGAGUUUUAAAAUAAUUCCAGACCACAGGGAGUCAAAAUGGCUGAAUGGUUCAUUUUUAUUAAUUUAGCAAAACAUUAAUACUAAACCCUCAUUAAAUGGUAUAAACUAUUACAUAUGAAUGGAAAUGGAAAAACAUCUAGAUAAUGUAUUUGCAAAGACAAUUCACUAAACACAAGAAAAAUACACCCUAAGCAAAUAAAUGCAAUAAAAAAGAUUCGUUCUCAGAAAACUCAGUGGUAUAGUCCCCAUUUUAAAAGAGAAAAGCAUUAAGAUCAUCUCAAUAGAUGAUGAAAAAUAAUUAAUAGAUAUUUCUAAGAAAAACUUUACUAGAAUUGGAAUGAAAUGACUUAAACACUAUUUUCAAAAAACUAAUAAUGUCAUUCUAAAAUGGCAAAAUACUAGUACCAUUUCAAUUUAUAUUGGGAACCAGAGGCAUGCUAACUAUUUAUAUUAAUAUACAAGAGUAAAGAAAUAUAAGUAAAUAAUAAAAUAAAGGAAAUUGAAGUAAAUUGUAUAUAAUCUUGAAAUACAAUAAAACCAUCUUCCUUGUAAAUCAUAUUGAUCACUUAGAAAACCAGAGAUCAAUGGAGACAGGCAGAAGGGUGGACCACGUACCCCAUGCCCAGCCCUUUCUAUGUCCUGAAACUUGUGAGCUGCUGCUGAUGGAGAAGGUCCUCCCCCAACUCUCCCAGCUCAUGGCAAAUCUCUUCUUGCCUGGUUGCUAGCCUGUGGCUGCCAUGGGUGUGGACCCUGAAUGUUGCAGGCACAGCUCCUCCCCACUUUUCUGUGGUGGCCCUUGGCUCUUGCUGCCACCACUUCUGCUUUCUGGGAUUGGGACUCGGGUUUAUGCUACAUCUUAUUCCAUCCCAGUCGCUAGUGAAUAGCAUUGGGUUUGUUUGUAUUUGUCAAAAACAAGGUGUGGCAUAGCCAUUAGCACCUGUGUUGGGGAAACAGCACACAAACAAGAAGCUUACAGCCUCAGUGGCAAGCACUUCAUCUUAUCAAAGAUGGGGAACUCAUGUAGUCAUUUGUCAUGCUUGUCUGCAGACAAAAGAUACCAAAAAGUUGCAAAGAUUUGUCCAUCUUGUUGAUAAGGCCACUUAUAAGCCAAAAAUCUGUCAACAUCAACCACGUGUCCAACCAAAUAUGCCCCAUUUGACUGCUAAGGUUGAGGACAAAGGAAAUGGAAUCAAGACCGUUAGAGUCAACAUAGUUGGCACUGCAAAGGGCCAAUUGGCCUCCUGUGCAUCCCACCAAAUAUUUUGUUUGUAAGCUAGAAGCACAAGUCCAGUGGUGGCAAGAAUGACCGUUAUAUUGUCAGUGGAUCUCAUGAGGCAAAUAAACUGCAAGACAUGUUGGAUGGAUUCAUUUAAAAAUGUGUUCUCAGUCCAGAGUGAGAAUCCUGAAACACAUCUGCACAUCAACCCGAAGAAGAAAAACAUAGGUAAUUUUUGUAAAGCUUGUUUCUAUAGAGACAUGGUUCAUACAUAUCAUAAACUCUGCACGUUCAUUGUGAGAAACCCAUCUGAAAAUAGUGAGUGGUACAGAAAAGAAAGAACAGUGAAAGAAAAAUAGAAAGGGCAAUGACAAGGCAAUGGCUGCAUACCCAGCAGCGAGAAAGCACCAUCACUGCCACCACCAGAUGAAGUGAAUUCUCUUCAUAUGCUGUGGAAGAAGAGGAAAGGGAUAAUUGGGGGUGGAUACAACUGAGGAAGCUCAAAGGUAUAGAAAAGAUAAAAGUCAGUGAUCGUGCAAAUGUUCUUUCAGUGACAAUUUCAAAAGAAUUUUUUUUUUUUUGAGACGGAGUCUCUCUCUUUCACCCAGGCUGGAGUGCAGUGGCGCGACCUCGGCUCACUGCAAGCUCCGCCUCCCGGGUUCUCGCCAUUCUCCUGCCUCAGCCUCCCGAGUAGCUGGGACCACAUGUGCCCACCACCGUGCCCGGCUAAUUCUUUGUAUUUUUAGUAGAGACGGGGUUUCACCUUGUUAGCCAGGAUGGUCUCGAUCUCCUGACCUCGUGAUCCACCCGUCUCGGCCUCCCAAAGUGCUGGGACUACAGGCGUGAGCCACCGCGACCGGCCCAAAAGAACUUUUGAGGAGCAGAUCAGUAUCCUGUUUGAUUUUUUUUUUUUUUUUAAGAAAAAGAAGAGGGUGUUAUUGACUCAUCUGACAAAGAAAGUGUUUCGGAUGCAUAAAGACUGGAUGUAAAAGCCAUGGGCCCACUUGUUCUGACCAAAGUUCUUUUUCAUGACAUUAGAGAACAAAUUAAGAAGCACAGGCACCGUUUCCCAUGAUUUUUCACAAGAAAACUCAAUGGUACCUUCUUCAUGGUUUAGAGCCUGUGGUAACAAUGUUUCUAGCUUGGCUCAUCUCCAAGAUUUCACAUAUAUUGAAAGAGAUGUAAGAUGUGGACCUUUUUGAAAAAGAGGUUAUCGUUGGCUGUUCAGGAAAGGACUCUAUGAAAUAUAUCUGAAAAGGACGCAUAGAAUAGAGAGUAGAGCAAGAUAGUGAAAGAGAAGUUUCCACUGAUUGUCUCCCCUGCAAGGACACCAGUUUACCAACUAUCUACACAUAAGAGGCAUUGAAGAGGUAGAAAAACAAAACCGUCUUGAAUAGCUGAUGCCACCCCUAACCCAUUCCCUGGCAGUGGCAGCAUGGUGCAGAGAGCAUUUCUGCACACUGGGGAGAGGGAGUGUAAAUCAAUUGCUAGGCAUUGAACUCAGUGCUGUCUUGUUAUAGCAGAAAGGAAAACCAGACCAAGCUCAACUGAUACCACAGAGGAAGCAUAUAAACUAGCUAAAGGGGAAUUGCCAUUCACGACACUUGGAACUUGAUUUUCUGCAAGCCUUGCCACUGCAGGCUUAAGUCCUCUGGGGUUCUAAAUAAGCUUGAAACGCAGUCUAGGCCAGAAGGACUGCAACUACCACCUGAGUGUUUAAGUUAAGGACAAGUACCAGGCCAGGCAGCAUUCACCACAAGCUGACUAAAAAGCCUUUAGGCCUAAGGGUCAUAAGCAGUGGUCUGGUAGUAAUCCCCAUGGGACUGUGGUAGCAGUGGCCAUGGGGUGCAGCUCCUCUGCUUUUGGAAAGGAGUGGGCAGUACAGGAAAACCUGCAUCUUGUGGUUUGAGUGCCAGCUCAGCUGCAGUACAGUAGAACACUUCUAACUUUUUGGACUGUAGUCCCUGGCUUCUGCCUGGCACCUCUGGACCCACCCAGGGUGUGGGAAAACUCACUACCCUGAAGAGAAGGACACAGGCCUGGCUGGAUUUGCUACCUGCUAUAUGCAGAGCCCCAGAGCCUCUAGCAGAAAUAAGCAGUAGCCAGGGAGUAGUUACAGUAGGCCUUGCAUGGGACCCAGUACUAUCCUGGCCUCAAGUCUGACCCAGCAGAGUCAUAAUGCUGAUGGACACAGGGGUGCUUGUUCACUCCACCUCCAGCUUCAGGUGGCUCAGAAUACAGAAAUAUACUCCGCUUGUUUGUUUCGAAGAAAGUAAGCAAAGAAAACAAGAGUCUCUGCCUGGUAAUCCACAGAAUUCAUCCAGAUCUUGUCCAAGACCAUCAAAGUGGUACCUGUGUGAGUCUGUGAGAACCACAGCAUUACUGGCCUUGCGGUACGACCUAAGGCAGAAAUAGAUGGCAUAGAUGACAACACUCAAGUCUUUCCAAAUAUCUGUAAAGCCUUCCCAGGAAGAAUGGGUACAACAAACCCAGACUGCAAAGACUACAAUAAAUACCCAACUCUUCAAUGCCCAGACACAGAUGAACAUCUAUGAGUAACAAGACCAUGCGGGAAAACAUGACCUCAUCAAAUGAAGUACAUAAGGCACCAGGGACCAAUUCUAGAGAAACAGAAAGUGGCCUUUUAGACACAUAAUUCAAAAUAGCUAUUUUAAGGAAACUCACAGAAGUUUAAGAUAACACAGAUAAGAAAUUAAGAAUUCUGUCAGAUACAUUUAACAAAGAAAUUGAAAUAAAAUAAUUGAGCAGGAAGUCCGGGGCUGAAAAAAGCACACUGGAGAAUGGAUCAGAAUCUUUUAAUAGCAGAAUUGAUCAAGCAGAAGAAAUAAUGAGCUUGAAGACAGGCUAUUUGAAAACACAGGCAGAGGAGACAGAAAUAAAAAAUAAAAAACAAUGAAGCACACCUACAGGAUCUAUAGGAAAUAGCCUCAAAAGGGCAAAUCUAAGCAUUAUUGGCCUUAAAGAGGAGGUAGAGAAAGAGAUAAGGGUAGUAGAGAGUUUAUUCAAAGGGAUGAUAACAGAUAAUUUUCCAAACCCAGAGAGAGAUAUCAAUAGCCAAAUACAAGAAGGCUAUAGAACACCAAACAGAUUUAAACCAAAGAAGACUACCUCAGGGCAUUUAACCAUCAGAUUCCCAAAGAUCGAGGAUUUAAAAAAAAAAAAAAAAGGAUCCUAAAAGAAGCAAGAGAAAAGAAAUAACAUACAUGGUAGCUCCAGUAGGUCUGGCAGCAAACUUCUCAGUGGAAAUUCUUGUAGGCCAAGAGAAGAGUGGCAUGGUAUCUUUAAAGUGCUGAAGGAAAAAACUUUUACCUUAGAGUAGUAUAUCUGACAAAAAUACUCUUCAAACAUGAAGGAAAUAAAAACACUUUUUCAGACAAAGAAAAGCUGAGGGAUUUCAUCAAUACCAGACCUGUUCUUCAAGAAAUGCUAAAGGGAGUAUUUCAAUCAGAAAAGCAUGUUGGUGAGCAAUAAGAAGUCAUCUUUGGGUAGAAAACUCAUUGGUAAUAGUAACUGUGGAAAAACGGAGUAUUAUAAUGAUGUAAUUGUAUUUCAUAAACCACUCUUAUCCUAAGUAGAAAGGCUAAGUGGUGAACCAAUCAAAAAUGACAACAACAACUUUUCAAGACAUCAUGCAAUAAGAUAUAAAUAGAAACAACAAAAAGUUAAAAAGUGGGGGCUGAAGACAAGGUAUGGAGGUUUUAUUAGUUUUUUGAUUGCUUGCUUAUUUGGUUGCUCGUUUAUGCAGACAGUGUUAUCAGCAUAGAUAGUAUGUGCAAGCCUCACACCAACUCCAAACCAAAAAACAUACAAUGGGUAUGUAAAAAAUAAAAAGAAACUAAAUCAUAUCACUAGAGAAAAUCAUCUUAACUAAAAGUAAGGCAGGAAGGAAAGAAAGAAGGGAGAGAAGACCACAAAACAACCAAAAAAGGAAUAACAAAAUGGCAGGAAUAAGUCAUUACUUAUCAAUAAUAAAGUUGAAUAUAAAUGGACUAAACUCUGCAAUCAAAAGACGUAGACUUGCUAAAUGGAUGAAAAGAAACAAGACCCAAUGAUCUGUUGCCUACAAGAAACACACUUCACCUAUAAAGACACACAUAGACUGAAAAUGAAGGGAUGCAAGAAGAUAUUCCAUAUUAAUAGAAACAAAAAAAGAGCAGAAGUUGCUACUCUUACAUCAGAUAAAAUAGAUUUCAAGACAAAAACUUUAAGAAGAGACAAAGAAGGUCACUAUAUAAUGAUAAAGGGGUCCAUUCAGGAAGAGACUAUAACAAUUUUCAAUAUAUUUGCACUCAACAUGGGCAUACUCAGAUACAUAAAGCAAACAUUUAUUAGAGGUAAAGAGAGCUAGGCCCCAAUACAUUCAUUGCUGGAGACUUCAGCACAUCACUUUCAGCAUUGGACAGAUCUUCCAGAAAGAAAAUCAACAAAGAAACAUCAGACUUAAUCCACACUAUACAACAAUUGGAUGAACGAGAUAUUUACAGAAUUCUCCUUUGGCUAGGGAUGGUUUAUAUGCUGCCUCUGUGGUGUCAGUUGAGUUUGGUUUGGUUUUCCUUUCUAUCUGUUCUGCACCUUUGAACUUCCUCAGUUGUAUCCACCCCCAAUCAUCCCUUUCCUCUUCUUCUACAACAUAUGAAGAGCUGCAAAAUACACAUUUUUUCCUCAGCAUAUUGAUCAUUCUCAAGGAUAGACCAUAUGUUAGGUCACAAAACCAGUCUUUAAACAUGCAAAAAAUUAAAAUAUAAUCAAGCAUCUGUCUUCUCUGACCGCAAUGGAAUAGAACUAUAAAUCAAUAACACAAGGAAUUUUGGAAAUUGUACAAAUAUGUGGAAAUCGAGCAAUAAGUUCCUGAAUGGCCAGCUGGUCAAUGAAGAAAUUAAGAAGGAAAUUGAACAAUUUCUUGAAAUAAUGAUAAUGGAAACACAACAUACCAAAACCUGUGGGAUACAGCAAAAGCAAUAUGAAGAGUUUGUAUGUAGAAAAUAAGUUUUUCUACCUCUAAAAAGAAGAAAAGCUGCAAAUAAACAAUUUAAUGAUGCAUCCUAAAGAACUAGAAGAGCAAAAGCAAGCCAAACCCAAAAUUAGUGAAAGAAUAGAAAUAAUAAAGAUCAGAGCUCAAAUGAAAUUGAAAUGAAGAAAAUACAAAAGAUCAAUGCAACAAAAAGUUGGGGUUUUUUUUUUAAGUUAUGCAGAUUAACAAACAUAUAUCUAGACUAAGAAAAAAGAGAAGAUCCAAAUAAAAUCAGAGAGGAAAAGGGAGACAUUACAACUGAUACCACAGAGAUUCAAAAUUGCUAUGAGCAAAUACAUAACAACAAAUUGGAAAAUCUAGAAGAAAUGGACAAAUUUCUAGAUGAAUACAACUGCCAAGACUGAACUAUGAAGAAAUUCAAAACCCAGACUGAUAACAAGUAAUGAAAUCAAAGCUGUAAUAAGAAGUCUCCCAGCAAAGAAAAGCUUGGCACCUGAUGGCUUCACUGCUGAAUGUGAAAAAAUAAUUAAAGAACUAUUAUCAGUGCUACUCAAAUUAUUCUGAAAAUUAAAGUAGGAGGGAAUACUUUGAAACUGAUCCUAUGAGGCCAGUCUUAUCUCAAUAUCAAACCAGACAAAGACACAGAAAAAAAAACAACAACUAUAGGCCAGUAUCUCUGAUGAAUAAUGAGCAGAAAUCCUCAGCAAAAUACUACCAAACCAAUUUCAAUAAUACAUUUAAAAGAUUAUUCUUAGUGGUGUUUAUCCUUGGGAUGCAAGGAUGGCUUGACAUGAAAAUCAACCAAUGUGAUACAUCAUAUCAACAGAAUGAAGGACUAAAACAACAUAUUUCAAUGGAUGCUGGAACACAUUUGAUAAAAUUCGACAUUUAUUCAUGAUAAAAACCCUCAAAAAACUGGGUGUAGAAGGAACAUAGUUCAGCAUAAUAAAAGCCAUGUGCAACAGACCCACAGCUACUAUGCUGAAUGGGGAAAAGCUGAAAGCCUUUUCUCUAAGGUCUAGAACAUGACAAGGAUACCCACCUUCACCACUGUUAUUCAACAUAGUACUGGAAGUCCUAGCUAUAGCAAUCAGUCAAGAGAAAGAAAUAUCAUCUAAAUUGGAAAGGAAGAAGUCAAGUUAUCCUUGUUUGCUGAUGAUAAAAUCUUAGAUUUGGAAAAACCUGAAGACUCCACCAAAAAACUAUUAAAACUGAUGAACAAAACCAAUGAAGUUGCAGGAUAAAAUUUAACAUACAGGCCGGGUGCGGUGGCUCAUGCCUGUAAUCCCAGCACUUUGGGAGGCUGACGCAGGUGGAUCAUGAGGUCAGGAGUUCAAGAACAGCCUGACCAAGAUGGUGAAACCCCAUCUCUACUAAAAAUACAAAAAUUAGCUGGGCGGAGUGGCAGGCUUCUAUAAUCCCAGCUACUCGGGAGGCUGAGGGAGGAGAAUCACUUGAACCCAGGUGGCAGAUGUUGCAGUGAGCCAAGAUUGCACCACUGCACUCCAGCCUGGGUGAUAGAGUGAGACUCCGUCUGAAAAAAAAAAAAAAAAAAAAAGAUUUAACAUACAAAAAUAA